AUGACACUAGAACACCUGGACCCAACUCUCCCUCCAGUCCUCCCUGGCCAAACACCCAGAUGCUCCGUCCUAAUCCUCCAACACGACUUCGCCAACACCAUCGGCGCCCCACCAGCCGCCGCCAACUACACCCAACCCCCAGACUGCCCUGCUCCAUGGACUCGCAUCGUCCUCGAACUCUCCGUCUCCGCCUCCGCCAUCCAAAAAGACCGCAUCGCUGCAAUCUGGAUAGACGGCGUCGAAGUCCUCCGCACCACCACUCCAGUCCCCAUGUCCCCCGGUGCAUUCUGGAAAGUCACCAAAGACAUCACCCGUUAUGCCUCCGCCGUCCGCCGCCUCGCCGACUACAACGUGCCAGCAUCUCCAUCCACUUCUACCGCGGCGCUGUUUCCGUCAACCCGAGCUCAUACUCAGCUCAUCCUACCAUCAAAGGGCUUGUACAAAGAACCAGCGGAUCUUAUAAUCCCGGUCACGAAUGAGAACGGGUUCAACAAGGCUGGGUUCUGGUUUACAAUCCAGAACGAGGCUACCACUGUGGCUACAAACAUCCAGAUACCAACAAACACGUACCGUGCCGUGCUCGAGCUCUUUGUAUCGUAUCACGGUGACGAUGAGUUCUGGUACAACAACCCUCUCCGCUCAUCAUACUUGGACAAAACAAGCAACCCAAAGCUCUCGACACCGAGAACCAACGGUGCGUUCAGGCAAGUGUUUGCUGCCAUUGAUGGGAAGUUCGUAGGAGGUCACAUUCCGAUCGUGGUGAUCUAUCCUGGUUCGAUCAACCCCUUCUUCUGGUCACCCGUUGCGGCUAUCGCCGCGUUCGACAUGCCAUCGUAUGACCUUGAUAUAACUCCGUUCUUAGGCAUGUUGCUCGAUGGGCGGCCGCAUGAGUUUUCGUUUGGUGUGCAUGAUAGCCAACCUUACUGGCUUGUAGGCGCGAACUUGCACGUCUGGGUUGAUGUUUGGUCGGAUGUGACUCAAGCCGGGCUUAUAGACUACAAUGCACCACCAUUGAAAGUGAACCGCAAUGCAGCGUGGAGGAACCAGGAUGGGCAAUCGGAGAUUGAUGCUGAAGGGUUGUUAAGGUUCAUUGGUUGGGUGAGUUCAUCUAAAGGGAAUCUAACCACGGUUGUGAGGCAAAAGAUUAAGUUCAAGAGUCAAGUAGAGGUGCAAAACAGAGGAGCAGUGAAGCAAGUGGAGAUGAUUAAUAAAGGUAGGAUGACGGUGGGGUUGAUGAAAGGGAACCAAGGCUUGGCCAGGGUGCAACUCAUGGUGGAUGCGCCGAUGCAGGUGCAGACUUCGAGCGUGAACACGGCCAGUGGUGCGGUGUUUCAGAAGACAAGGUUGUAUCACCAGUUGCAGGAGAUAGUGGAGCUUAGUGAAGGGCAGGCGGUGAGUGUUGCAACGCUGACGGAUCGGCAGGAUGCUGAGGGGUCGGCGUUGUUGCAUGAAGGGGAGGCUGUUUGGGGUAAUGGUGCUACGAGGUCGUCGUACAAGUUUAGGGAUGAUACUACGUGUUAUAUCAGGGCGGUGAACACUGCUGGUGGCUUGGUGCAGUUUGACACUACUAGUGGAUCUUGCUUGAAGCUUGGUGAGGAGGGGAAGAGGAGUGCUUCUUGA